AAUCCUGUGCUUGCAUGGGUAUGGACAAACCCCGAGGUACUGCAGUAUCAGAUUUCAGGACUCAGAAAUGCCGCCGACUUGAGCUGGGAGUUCCAUUACUUAACAGGUGAAGUGGCCUGUUCGGCUGCUCCUGGCAUCGAAUCCACAUUUUCCGGACCAUUUUAUUGCUUCGCCCGCGACUUUAGCCCAGAAGGAGUAGGCGCAUCCUAUGCCCUCCUGGAAAAGACUAUUGAGGAAAGCGGCCCUUUUGAUGGUGUUCUUGGCUUCAGCCAGGGUGCAGCCACUGCUGUCGGAUACUUGCUCGAGCAGAAAACUGCUUAUCCGGACGAACCUCUCCCGUUCCAGUUCUUGGUGCUUUGCUCUCCUACCAUCCCCCUUUCGGGUGAUUUGAACUAUUCCCAAAGGAUCUUCGGCUCUCUUGGCCCGAAAGACGAAGCACUCAUUCGAUCUGCCCAAGAUGAGCAAAUCUCACAGCUUUCGCAGGCUGCUCGGACAGCUCUUACCAAGUUCAAUAGCGUGAUUGAUGUUCUCUCGCCUAUCACUCAUGAGACACGCAAGUUCUACCUGGAUAAUUCGUUAUCGGGGAUUCCCUGCACGCUGCAUCCAGAUCUGUUACCGACUCGCUUGCCCAUUCCAACCCUCCAUGUACGUGGGAGAAAUGAGCCUCCUGCGGUAAGAGAUUGCGGCAUGAUGAUCGAAUCGUUCUUUGACACAACCAAGCAACGAGUUUUUGAGCAUACUGCUGGGCAUGACAUUCCUCGGACCAGGCCUGAGUUAGGCCGGAUAGUAUCCGCCUUGGAAUGGGUGGUUGCGCAAAGUCAAUUGCCGACAUUCUGA